AUGAAAUCAUCAAUCGUCUCAGCUACUAACGGGUUCAUGCAGGCGGUUCUACCGGCCACCAGCUACAACUGCGGUGGCGAGGGUCACAUCAGCCGUGACUGCUCUGAGCCCAUGAAGGACAACAAGUCCUGCUACAAGUGCGGCCAGCAGGGUCACAUUUCCCGCGACUGCCCCCAGGCCGGAGCUUCUGCCGGCGGUCAGUCCACUGAGUGCUACAAGUGCGGCGAGAAGGGCCACAUCGCCCGUAGCUGCCCCAAGUCUGGAGGUGGCUUUGGCGGCAACUCUUACGGCGGCAACAGUGGCUAUGGCGGCGGUGCCGGCAAGACCUGCUACUCGUGCGGCGGCUACGGCCACAUGUCUCGCGAGUGCGUCAACGGCAUGAAGUGCUACAACUGUGGCGAGUCUGGCCACUACUCCCGCGAUUGUCCUAAGGAGUCCGCUGGAGGCGAGAAGAUCUGCUACAAGUGCCAGCAGAGCGGUCACGUUCAGGCUCAGUGCCCUAACUAA